AUGGCGUCCCACCCAACCACCAUCGCGCCAGGCGAUCACAAGGCGUACAUGAGGUAUGCGGUCGAGCAGGCACGGCUGUCGCCGCCGUCGCCCUCCAAGUUCUGCGUCGGCGCGGUGCUUGUGGACGCCGACAAGAACGAAAUUCUAUCGACGGGCUACUCGGAGGAGCUGCCGCGGGAUCGACCAGGCGAUCCGGGCUCGACGCAUGCUGAGCACUGCUGCUUCAUCAAGAUCGCCGACCGAUAUGGCAUUCACGACUUCGACAUUGCCAAGGUCCUUCCGCAGAACACGGUGCUCUACACGACCAUGGAGCCGUGCAAUGAGAGGCUGAGCGGGAAUCGGACUUGCGUCGAGCGGAUCCUGGGCCUGGGCGAUGCCAUCAAAGUUGUUUACGUCGGUAUCCGGGAGCCUGACACGUUCAUCAAGCGGAACGAGGGGAUCAAACGCCUCGAGGAUGCCGGGAUUAAGGUGGUCGUGUUGGAUGACGACCCAGACCUGCGGGCUCUCAUCCUGGACGACACUGCCGGAGGCGAGCGGUUGAGCAGAACGAGCAAUGUCGUUGAUGAUGGCUUGGCGGACGCAAGGGGGCCUCUCGGAUUAAACCUUCUUCAUGCUCCAUCCGAGCCGCUAUUCGACUUGGUCUUCGUUCAUGGUCCUGGAGGCGGCUCGCGAAGAACAUGGAGCAUGACCGAUUCCAUCAACCACUACUGGCCGCGCGAAUGGCUUCCCAAGGAUCCCGCCUUCAAGAACGCAAGAAUCCAUAGCUUCGGUUAUGCCUCGAACUGGACCAAGGGCAACGAUAGCUGUCUCAACAUUCAUCAAAUUGGCAAGUCGCUGCUGUGCGAGCUAUCGACGUCGCUUCACUUCGCCAACAGCAACACCGCGUUAAUCCUCAUCGGCCACAGCAUGGGUGGUUUGGUCAUCAAAAAGGCUUACAUGCUUGCCCACCACGAGAACAAGGCCCUUGCGGACCGUGUCCGUGCGAUGUACUUCCUCGGGACACCACAUCGUGGCUCAGACGAGACAAGACUACUUAAGAACAUUCUGAAAGUGACCUCUUCAGCUCCUGCCUAUGUCACCAGUCUGAUCCGUGGCUCCGCCGCCCUUCAGUCUAUCAAUGAAGAGUUCCGCCAUUACUCGGCACCCUUGGAGUUGUGGUCUUUCUACGAGACGCGAAAGCUGAGGGUGAGGGGGCUGAGGACCCUCAUCGUCGACCCUGAGGCCGCCACCCUCGGGUAUCGGGAGGAGAAGCAGAUGCCCAUGAAUGCGGAUCACCGAUCGAUCUGCAAGUUCCACAAUCCUUUCGACCAGAACUACAUCAUAAUACGGAAUUCUCUUGUGUCCACGGCAAGGGUCAUCUCUCAGCGGGAUUCGAUCCAAAGGCUUGCAUCCUACCUCGGCGUAACCGGUCGGCCAGACGAGGACUUGCUCGCGGUCCAAGAUGUCCGAGCCCAAGGAACUUGCGCCUGGAUCUUGAAGAAGCGAUAUUAUGCCGACUGGAAAGCUGGCCGAAAUGAUUCUCCCGCCGUCUUGUGGGUCGAUGGAAAGCCUGGCACCGGCAAAUCCGUGCUCGCAGGUUUCGUUGUUGACGACGUCAAGCAGUCAGGCGUAUCCUGCAGCUGUUAUCUCUUCAAACACAGUGACAGGUCCAAAUCUCGUCUGAGCGCUUGCCUUCGAUCGCUAGCUUUCCAGAUGGCCUCAGUCGAUCCUGGUAUACAGGAUGCGCUCUGCCAGCUCAAGGAUGACCGCGGCUUGCUUGAUCACGACAAUGAAAGAAACCUCUGGAGGACUCUCUUCUCAUCCAACAUCCUCAAGCGAGCAACUAUCCCCCACUGCUGGGUGAUUGAUGCACUGGAUGAAUGCACAAACUUCGCACCUUUUCUGGACUCGAUGUUAUCCGAAGUCGGCACCAGCGCCCGACUUCAAAUCUUCAUUACCAGCCGUGAAACGCCGGAGAUUUGUCGUCUCUUUGCCAGUCUUGGGCCUUUUCAGCACAUACAGGGACACAUCUCAGCAGAGGACACCCUGCCAGACAUUGAACGCAUUGUCGCCGAAAGAUGCCAAUCGUUCUUCAAUGACAGCAAAGAGAGUCGCGGAGUGCUGGAAAAGAGGAUCAUUGAAAAAUCCAAAGGGUCAUUUCUCUGGACUGUGCUGGUACUUGAUGAGCUCUCUACAGCAUUCAGUGAGGAAGAAAUCAAGCGCGUCAUAAAUGAGGUACCACGAGGGAUGGAUCACUUGUACCGCCGUGCUCUCGAUACCAUGGCCGCCGCGGCAAGGGGGAAGGUGUUAGCUAAGGCGAUUCUCACCUGGGUCACUUGUGUGGUGCGGCCGUUGACGGUGAGAGGACUCGAAUGCGCAUUAGAGAUCGACCUGAAGGACAAGUUCCCCAGGUUGGGUGAGAUUAUCAGGACUCUAUGCGGUCAGCUUGUCACGAUCGACUCGAGUGACAGGGUUCAGAUGGUUCACGAUACUGCACGGGAAUUCCUCCUCAACGAGUCUCUCAAUUCCGAAUUCGCGAUUCGGAGCGCCGAAGCACAUACGCGGAUUGCGAGGGUGUGCCUCGAGUACCUAACUGGACCCGAGCUGAAGCCACCGAGGAUGGAGGGGAGACAGUUGCGUCACCCGCCACAGCCGAUCCAGAGGAACGAGUUUCUUACUUACUCCUGCGAGACCUUCUCAUCUCAUCUCGUCAGGGCGGAUCCGACGGCAGACCAUGCUUUGGCUCUUGUCGACGAGUUUCUCAAACUCAAUAUCUUGACCUGGAUCCAGAUUGCUGCCGAGACCCGGAAGCUUGGAUUAAUGAUUCGCACCGCCGAGGAUUUGAGAACCUAUGCGAGUCUCUGCAUGGUCGAGAGAUCACCGCUCAGACCAGACAAUCAAGCAGUCCGAGCAUGGUCCGUAGACCUCAAAAGGGUGGCGGCCAAGUUUGCUGACGCACUCGUUGCUUCGCCGUCCUCUAUCUACUCGCGCAUUCCAGCAUUCUGUCCCCCAGACUCGGCGAUCCACGCGAUAGGGGGACAAGGGAAAAGACUGUCCGUCACCGGACUUCCUGCCUUUUCGUGGGACGACCGGUUAUCAUGUCUCGACUUUGGGGCACGGCAAACCAGCGCCCUCUGCUAUGGUGAAGAGUUCCUCGCUGUGGGUCUGCGAGGCGGUCAGGUUGUCCUCUACCACCUGCUAUCCUGCCAAGAAUACCGCACUCUGAGCCACGGGGAAGCAGUAUUGCACUUGCAAUUUCGAGAACACUCGGACAUGCUGGCAUCCUGCGGGCUUAGAACUCUUCACGUCUGGAACUUCCGAACGGGCCAGCAGCUGCAUCGCCUAGGUUCCCCGCAGAGGUGCAUCGGGCUGGUGUUCUACGACAACCUCUUGAUGGCAGCCUCGAAUCAGAAUGAAUUUCAUUGCUGGGACCUGGAUCAUGAGGCAGCCGAACAGGCCAAGAGGCCUUGGCGACACGGCCCGGAUGACGGGUCCCCCCCGCCGAGCAUUGCGCCUGCCGCCCUUUCAAUAGCCACCUCCCACCGCAUGAUGGCUGUUGCUUACAGCGGAAAGCCAAUCACUAUUUGGGACCUCGAACAGAACGCAUACUACGGCAGCUGUGGUAAAAAGCUGCCUUCCGGCUCGACGUCCACGCACCCGAUCGUGGCUCUCCUCUUCAAUCCUAACCCCAGGAUUGAGCUUCUCGCAGCAUCUUACCUUGACGGGGAACUUGUCAUCAUUGAUCCCUUUGCCGACAGAGAGAUCGAGAAGCAACGAGUCAGCUGUCAUACGCUAGCAGCAAGUCCCGACGGGCGCUUCCUUGCUGGGGCCGGAGCGAAGGGCAUCAUACAAAUCUUCGAAUUCGACACGCUGAGGGUGCUGUACAAAGUCAGGACUUCUGACCUUCUGGUGAAAAAGCUUGCGUUCAGUCGCGACGGGGUAAACCUCGCCGACCUGAGGGGAUCCCAGUGCAACAUCUGGAUGCCCCCUGUUUUGCUCACGGGAGCAACCCUUGACGACGCCCUGAGCGUGGAUACAUCGAGCACGGCCGGGGAAUCCACCGCCCCGAAGCGAACGACGAAAAUCACGGCGAUGACAUUGAUGCCUGCUAAGGAAGGCAUUCUGUGCGGUAAAGACGACGGCUCGGUCUCACUCUACGACACCAACAGCGGAGACCACAUCGCUCAGCUGUACUCCCACAAAACUACGGUGCACACUCUACAAUGGCUACCAGGGAAACAUACGGUCAUCUCGACCUGUCUCUCUAACCGCGUUCUUGUCUGGUCUCUGGAGAAGGUGACGCGGGCUGAAGGCAAAACCUGGGUUGCUUCGGCGUGCAUCCUGAAUGUUCACGUGGGUAGCGGCAGCACUAUCCAGAACGUGUUGCCUGAGACGCAUGGAGAAAGACUUCUCAUAUCCACCCAAAAAUCCGACCACAUGUGGAAUCUCAACGGCGGAGAAGAAGAGUUCUCGGUCACGUAUAACGACUACCCAACACGGAGGUGGUUGCAGCACCCGCGCUCAGAAGCCCACGUUGUUUGCUUUAAGGAGCAGACAGUGCACAUACAUCGCUGGGGCCACAUCGCGCAUGUUGUUGGCAUCUUUCACCGCCAGGGUGCUGCCAGGCGCAGCAAGCUGGUCUUCCUCGACGAUCGCUCCUGGGUGUGCUCGAUCGACUUGUACGGACUGGAGACGGAGGAGGCCGCCUUCACUUCGUACACGAGGCAUUUCUUUGUGCCGUACGAUUGGUUUGCCGGAACCCGCUCUCCAAUAGGGGCGGUCACCAGCUACGGGGACGUCGUGUUCGCCAAGAAUGGCGACGUUGCGGUUGUCCAAGGGGGGUUGGAUUAUGCUGAUUGA